UUUUGUUUAUGUUCUUUAUGUGUUUAGUGCAAUAAUGAUAAAGACAAUCUUUCAAGGUGACUGGCCAAAACAUACUCUUAAAAUUUUGGGCAAUUCAAACCAGAUACGAAUGCUCACAAAUAAAAUCAAAGGACAACAAGUUUUCGAACGAUCUCCAGUAAAUUUCAGAGAAGAAGAAACUAUUAUACGGAAACUCAUCCCCCAAAUUCGAGAAGAUGUAAUAAAUGAAUCGUUAGUUUAUCACACUAUUCCAAAACUUAGAAGAGAGUUCGAAAAACUUUUUGACGACAACGUGGAGAAUCUCAAGUCGAAAUAUUUACCCUCUGCUACAACAACUAUACAUGCGUUCAAGCAUUUUAAAAAGGAUUACUCAGAAGAGGAGUUAAUGAAGGCCGGGAUUUUGGGAUGGUGCUCUAAACUGCAAGAUAUCUCUCUGAUUAUCAUUGACGACAUACUGGAUGAGUCAGAAAUGCGUUACAACAAACCACCCAGGUACAGACAAGUGGGAAUAAAACAAGCUAUCACAGAUUCUGUAUAUUUUGAAACAAGUGCCAACUUCCUACUUUUAAAACAUUUUUCUGGCCACAAGUAUUUUCCUCAAAUCCAGAAAGAGCUGAUAUGUAACAUAGGGCCUACUAACAUAUCACAGAGGCUGGAGCUUACAAAGUAUAAGAUGGAAGAUUUUGAAGUUUAUGAGAGUUUGGUAAAGUCGUUUCCGUUUUUAAUACAUGGUGUUUCAUGUGCGAUGUACCUAGCUAAUAUUGAUGAUCCAAAGCUUCACUCCAUAGUGAAACAGUUUUGUAUGGAUAUUUGUAUAUUUGGAAAGAGAUAUGAUGAUUUUACUGCACUUGUAGAACCGACUGUUCCCCUUGAAAAAGACAACACAGAUAUAGCUGCUCAUAAAAUAACAUGGAUGGCUGUGCAAGUGUCCAAACUAGCAACUCCACAACAAAAACAGACUUUCAUGGAGCACUACGGUCGCUCAGAUCCUAAAUCAAUCUCGAUCAUUUUUGAUAUCUACAGAGAACUUAACUUGGUUGAACAUUUCGAUAGAUAUAGGACGAAAUUUUACGAUGACAUGGACACUAGAAUCCAGAACUUGCCUCAUCAAUUGCCGAAACAGUUUUUCUAUAAUAUAUUGGAUUAUGCAGUAACAAAUGUGUUCUAUGCUUAAAUAAUUUAACGUCAAAGAGUUCUGAAAGAGCUGUGUCUGUGUCUAACUCCUCUCUUUCCGAUCUUAUUUUACCUGUUUUAGACCUUUUGUGUAUUUUAUAUAUUUCAUAUUAGUAUUGAUUUACAUACGUUUGAUUUUAUAUUAUAGAAUAUUUUAUAACUGAAAUCAAUCUUUAUUGUGUAGUAAAAGUAUCUGCACAUUUUGCCAAGAAAUGGGAAUAGCACUCCCAAAGAGAUACUAAGAAUUUUGACUGCCUCCAAAGUAUCUUAGAUUCAGUUAAAGCAAAAUUUUAUAGUGUUCGAGACUUUGCAAAGAUUUUAAAAUUUUAACUUUUUGGCUUUGUAUCAGUAUUGUUAUUAUAGUAUUAAUUAUGUAUAGAUUUUAGUGUAUUUUAUGAAAUAAUAAAAAGUUACCAAAAA